AUGCAGAGUGAUGAUGAAGAUGCAGAAUCAGAAGACAAUGCAGAACCAAGAGAUAAUGCAGAAUCAGAUGACAAUGUAAUGCCAAAAGUCAAAGACAAUUGGAAACCUGAUCAGUGGCAUGGUUUUAUUGAUGAUGAAGAUGAUAAUGAGUACUCUCAAAGGUUAUACAAAAAUGGAGAACUGUAUGAAGAGAAGGAGUUUGGUAAGAUUGUCUUGAAACCUUGGAUGAUUUUUUUAGAUAAAGCUCAUUUCAAAGAAAAAUUGAAAGAUUAUUGUGUGCAAGAGGGGUUUGCUUUAAAUAUACUUUGGUCAGACAAAAGUAGGUAUACAGCACAAUGUUAUGCAUCAUGCUGCCAAUGGAGGAUACACAGCAGCAGGCUGGGGGAUGGAAUUACUUGGGCAAUUAAGAAGAUUGAGCCCAAUGUGCACACCUGCAGGGGUCUGGAAACAUUUAAUCCAUUGUGUAAUGUGAAAUGGGCUGCAUCAAAAUUAUUGGAAGACAUAAGAGCCAAUCCAGAUAUUCCUGGAAAUGCUCUUAAUGAGUUAUUGUUCCAAAGAUAUGGAGUGUAUAUGAAAAAAUCUUCAUUGUAUAAUAUGAAGAAAUUUGCAGUUGAGCAAUUGUUUGGUGGACAUGAUGAGUCAUAUGCUGACCUCCCUGCUUAUACGAAGAUUAUCUGUGAAACCAAUCCAGGUUCAAAGGCUUAUUUUUCAACUGUGGAGAGUGAAAGCAUCCCAAGGCAAUUGUUAUUCAACAAUAUUUUCAUUUCUUUCACUGCUAUGUGGAAAGGGUUUCUAGCAGGAUGUCGACCUCUGAUAGGUGUUGAUGGCACACAUCUAAAGGGAGAUUAUGGGGGUAUUUUACUCUCAGCAGUUGCUUUGGAUGCAAAUAAUGAAAUUUUUCCAUUGGCAUAUGCUAUAGUCAGUGUGGAAAACAAGGAGAACUGGUCAUGGUUUUUUUGGAAUCUCUACAACCUUCUUAAAGAAUCAAGUACUAGGGAUUGGACAGUAAUCUCUGAUAGGCAAAAGGGUAUAGAUCUUGCUUUAGCAGAUGUUUGGCCAUCUGUAAAGAGGAGAUAUUGUUGUAGACAUAUCUCUAGAAACUACAAAAGACAAUUUCCAGGCCCUUUAUUGUACAUUCUGUUUUGGAGAGUCUGCAAUUCUACAUCUGAGUAUACUUAUAGAAAGGCUAUGGAAAGGCUCAAAGAAGUUGGUGGUGACAGAGUGAUGACAUGGAUUGCAGAGCUAGGAGAUCCUUCUACAUGGAGCAAACACAAAUUCGAUCCCAAUGUUUGUAAUGAUGCAUGCAUUAGAAGAGUUUGUAUGGUUAGAAUAGCUACAAGACAUGAGGCUGCCAUGACUUGGAAAGAUGAUGAACUUUGCCCUAAAAUAAAGAAGCUGUUGAAAUCCAUUAGCAAGGACACCAUAUGUUGCAAAGCAUACAUGUCAAGGCCAGGAGAGUAUGAAAUUCAUGAGGGUAAAUCUCACUUCCCCUUGUCUUUAAAUAAUAAGCUUUGUUCUUGUGGAGCUUGGCAAAUCAGUGGCAUUCCAUGUAGGCAUGCCAUGAGGGCUAUGGUUCAUGCAAAAAUUGAUCCACAUUCUGUUGUAAGCACAUGGUAUUCUGUUAGGACAUACAAAUAUUCCUAUAGUUUUAGUAUUAAUCCUAUACCUGACAAGAACCAAUGGCCUGCCUAUGAUAAUCUACCUACUGUCAUGCCGCCUACAAUUAAGAGAGGGAUCGGGAGACCAUGCAGAAACAGAAGAAGGGAGGAAGGAGAAGAUGAAAAGGGGAAAAAAGCAAAAACUGUCAAAUGCACUAAAUGUGGCUGCCUAGGCCACAAUGCAAGAACUUGUAAGGGAGGGUUAACUGCAAAAGAAAAGAAGGCAGAAGAAGGUGGGCCAAUAAUAGUUAGACAUCCCAGAAUUAGAGAUCAAUCCAAUGCGGCAAAAGCAGUCAAGGCAUCGCAGAAAAAGGCAGCUCAAGAUCAGGCAAAGAAGGCCAAGACAUCUCAGUCAACUGAAGUUUCUGUUUCUCAAUCACAGCCUCAAAACACUUCUUAA